AUGGAGCUCUGUGAUUUCAACACGUGGCAGAUGACAGAGUCUGGAACACCCUACAUCAAGAAUGUGGGGAACAGCUAUUUGGAUCCCCGACCGACUUGGGGGCACUAUUGGCCUUUCAGAACAACUCUAGUCAGAAGGACAAACACCACCGACAGUUGGACAUUGGUGGAGAUGACCCAACGUUUCAUGGACAAGGAUGAACCAUUUGGAUUGAUUGAUGAGUGCAUAUUCAACAUGGACGGCGAGUGCGAGAUUCUCACAAUUCUUGGAGUUGAAGAACAUGGAUUUGAAGAGUUUGGAGAUUUACUAGAUGAAGAUGAAGAGGUGGAUGGACCACUUCGACUUCCUGACUCACAACCCCAGGAACACCAACCAGCAGUUCCAGUUGAACAACGUCAAGAUGUUUCUCAGGGUGCAGUUUCAAGCGAGGCUAUUCAAGUGCGUGAGCCUCCAGGUCUUUUUCUACAAGAUCCUCUUGGUGGAGAAGAACCUGCAGCAGCUUUAGCAGAUGUAGCUUUUCCUGAGAUUGAAUCUGUGGAAUUGGACGAUGGUUUGAUUUUGACAUGUGAGUCUCCAGUCAGAGAUUUACGCGCAGGUUGUCGUUUGCUGGGAAUUUCACAAGCUGGAUCAAAAGGCAAAAUGUUCGAACGUAUCAAGAAGAGCUAUGUUCAAGGUAUGAGACGUGCAGCAAUUGACAUGGCAAGAGCAGAAUAUCAACGAGAAGAACAUCCUGCACAACCAGCACACCUAGCAGCUCGUCAACCAACUCAGCGUGAACGGAUUGGUGUCCGUUUUGUGUCUCAACUCGUGCUCGAGGUGACCAUCAUGCAAGUCAUGCUGACCCUGAUCUUGCAGCAGAACGAGAUCGACCCACAAUCCAAGACAAGGUCAAUCCGAAGAACAGCGCUUACAUGGUCUGCAGAUGAGAUUUUGAGUUUGGUGAUUGGACCGUGGGACACCACGGGCUACACGCAGUCAAAGGUGAAGCAGAAACCAGUUUUGGCUUUACCACCGAGACCAUUCUUUGAUGAAGAAGCAGAAGCAGUCAAAGGACUUCAAGACUCAGAUGACGAACGUGAACAAGCUCAACAAGAAGUUCAAUCCAAUGCAUAUGAGCCCACAACACCCGAUGGAGAAGGUCCUCGACUUGAAGAUGUCACAGAACGAGAUGAUGGUCGAGUUCCUGUUCCUUCUCUUCCUCCUCUAUGUGCAGUACCGGUUGAUCCCGGAAUGGAAGCACCACAAACGCCAGAAGAGAUGUUGAUGUCUGGCGCAGGUGGGGCUAGUCCUUCAAGCCCUACAAUGGAUGUAGACUCAUCAGGUCAUGCAGCAUCCAAACACAAGGCAGAGACUCAAGGUGGCAGAGUAGCAAAAGCUUUGAAGUUUGAUAGCGACCCAGUUCCAGAGCCAAAAGUCAAAGCGGCAAAGAUGGACGUUAGACGUGUUGGCGAAGUGGAUAUCACACACAAUGAUGUGAUUGAUUUGGAAGAUGACUGGGAAUUUCUUCCUUAUGAGGACUUAGACUCAGAGGACGAAGGAACAGAGCAUGUUGGUGUGAUGUUGAGAAAACGUGAAACCUAUGAGGAUGUGUUUGACCGAUGGAUUGAAGCAGAUGAAUGGAGCGACGUGACAAGAGAACAGAGAAAGGACAGCCAACCAAGUACUUCUCCUACAGCGACCUCUAUGGCAGAUCUUCGCAGCGGCAUAGUGCUUGGCGAAGUGCUGAUGCUCAUGAUGGGCCUGUUGGUGAUGAUGGUUCCUGGUGCAGCUUCAAGAUCACGAAGCCGCGAUGAUCCGCAACCAGAAUAUGCGAAUGUUCAACAGUGGACAAGUGAGAUGAGAAAUUUCUUGGCUACGACAUUUGUCUUGUCAGCCAAAGCAUACUGGAUUGAUGGACAGCAUGAUCAGUUCUCAAUUGAGAACAUGUUUAACCACCUACGGCUUGCAGCUUUGCUUAUGAAGAACGAUAAGAAAGAGGCUGUGGAACACUUCAUUACAGCGGUUGAGGUGAACGACCCCGAGGAGAUUAUGGCUCAGGUGAGAAAUAUGCGAAUGUGCAUGGAUCUUCCUCAUGUUAACCUCCUUCACGCCGAGGCUUGGUUAUGGGAAGAGUUUCGUGAUGAUUUGCAGCGAAAAGCAGAUGCGAGUGAUGGAGCUUUCUUUGUUCCAAUCGUGGAGCUUUUGAAACAUCGAUGGGAUACACCUCCGGGAGAAAGUGAUCGCGGAGGAGACGAAGACGCAGUAUCUUCGAGGAGCUCAAUAGCGAACAGAAGUGGAGAUGAAAAUGUUCGGGAAUCACCAGCCCGCGAAUUUGAGCUCAGGAUGACAAUGAACUUACCAAGGUCAGAAGCAAUUCAAGUAGCUCAGACAAUAGCAGAUGCACAUGGACGAGAAUUGGUGGUCGAAAGACCAGCUGGACCAGAUGAACGUGAACAUGGAGACAGAGAUGGACAAGAACCAGAACCUGGGAGCAGCAACAACAAUACGCUUGGAAGAAGCAGUGAGAACACUACUCUGAACAGUAGAACUACUCAGAACACCACAGAGGAGGAGAAUGACAAGAUCGAGCAAGCUAUGGCAGAAGCGAGAGCUAGCCUACGUCGUGGGAUUCGUGUCUUGCAGUCGCGCGCUACGCGCUAUGAAGAGUUGGGCGACCACGAAGCCGCAGAAGAAGUUCGACGUCAGAUCGAUGAUAUGGAAGCAAUGGAGUCUUCAAUUUGA